GAGAACUGCUCACGAGUGUAACUUAUGGAUCGCCAAUUCCAUUCGAGGAUGUCGAACUGAGAUCCAUGCUGACCUUUCCGCUAACUCCGUCCAGCUCCGGUAAACUCGAACGGACGUGGAAACGACACGAACAGUUCGAAUCGGACCAGUACCGGUGUCCAUCGGUGGGCAAGAUCUUGAGUGCCACCAUGUCCGAGGGUGCACGACAAGCACUGCUGAACUGGAAGGCGUCCAAAAUUGCCCAACUUGGAGAGGAUGGCUUUGCGGAGCUGCAGAGGGCUACCCUGGAACGUGGGAGUAACUUUCAUUCCUGCUUGGAAAGCUGGCUGAACGAGGAGGACGUGGACGAGGACCGGUUGGCGAGGGCUAAAGAAUUGUGGGCCAGUAUCAGUGGACAGCUAGGGAGGAUUGAACGCCCUGCGAGGAUCAUUGAGAGGAAGAUUUACCAUCCGUUUUUGCACUACAACGGAGUUGUGGACUGCGUUUCGUCUCUUGACAACAAACUCCACAUCAUCGAGUGGAAGACUUCGGAGAACCAGAAGCCAUCGCUGUCCGCUACGUACGAUGCUCCGGUUCAGCUGUGCGCCUAUCUGGGAGCGCUGCGAGCCGAUCCGGAACUGACCGGGCUGGAUAUUGCCAGCGGGGCCGUAUUUGUGGCGUACACCGGCGGUAAUCCGGCCCACGUGCACCUCAUCAACCAGACGAAGCUGAAGAAAUACUGGUCCGUUUGGGUGCAGCGACUGCAAGAGUACUGGAUUCGGUACCGCGAUGGGACGCUACCGGAACCGAUUUAGCUGUGGGGUUGACACUUUCGGUAGACUGAACUUAAGAGGACGUAAUAAAGGUUGUUGAAUGUU